AUGAAGGCUAAGGCAGACUCCCCUGAUCUUCAGCGCUGUUUCUUCCAGCUCAGCGCUUUGGGAAUGGACCCUGUUAUUCUCCUAGGCGGAUUCUCAGCUUUUAACAUACUUUAUCCUUUUCUCUGCACUCCUCGUAUGGUGCUUCUCGAACCAGAGCGCCACACUCUCACAAUUUAUCCCUCUGAGAUCCUGGAGGGGGCACUUUAUCAAGGCUCAGCGGCUCAGGCUGAAAACUACAGAAUUAUUAAGAACCUCCACAUCACCCAUGUAGUAAAUGCCACAGCGAAUAGCUCUGAUGCCUUCCCCAACAUGCUGUGCUACCUGAGGCUGCCCCUGAGCGACGAUGCUCAACAGGACUUGGUGGAUGCACUACCUCUGGCCUCCAGGUUCAUCCAUCAGGCACUGAAGGGAGUGCCGGCAGGCCGGGUGUUGGUGCACUGCAGCAUGGGCAGGAGUCGCAGCUCAGCCCUAACACUAGCCUUCCUCAUGGAGCACAGGCACUGGUCCCUGUUACAUGCCCUCCGCUGGCUAAAGGACAGGAGGGCAUGCACAGCACCUAAUAUAAACUUCCUGCAGCAGCUGCUGACCUAUGAAGAACUGCUGUUUGGUAGAAGACUCACAACACUGGAAGACAUUCGCAGAUAA